AUUAGUAGGAGGAGGACAACAGACGGUCCUCAGGAAGUAGCUCUUGACUUAAUAUCAGAGCUGCGAUCAUCUACUAUAUGCAUCUCUGACCACCCUGUCUGAGAUCUGGUGCGAUCAAUCUUCACGCGCUCCUGCCUUUCUACUCGCACACGAAACGGGGCAAGUACCAGAAUUGGAACUAAGUAUUUAAGUACAUCAGACAUGUCUACCUCGGACGACGAUUCAGAUUUUCGGCGCCCCGCCGCUCUUGGAGGCGAGGGCGAGUAUGACGCAGCAGCUCCGGGCGACGAUGACACCGACUCCGUUGCGAGUCCGCGGCGGUUCCGCAACCCCGUGGGCGUCAAUGUCGAUGGUGUUUUCACAUCUACCGGCGGAGGACAUCAGCCGCACCUCCAGACAGGGCGAGGGAGUCGCGGACACGCUAGUACUGGCGGUUCAUCGACCUCUUCGUCCGCUGGUCGUAAAAAGAUGAAUCCUGCGCAACUGGUUGCGGCUACGACGCCGACAACAGGAACGGCCACGGGAGAUGCAGGCGGCAACUAUUUGUACGACGAGCAGAUCGGAUCGGAGUCAACCUCAUCCACCUCGCGUGUGAGGUUUCAUGCGGAUGGCGAACAAGAACUACCAGGUGGAACAGAUGGAGGCGCCAGGACCUCUACUUUGUCUUCGCGAAAAAAUAAAUCUGCAUCUGGUGGAGGAACAUCAAGAGGCAGCCGUGGGCGGCCUUCCAACAAGAAAGCCCUGGAUCCCGCGAUCGCGCGCGAGUUGCAAUACGACCAGGCGUACUUGCGAGAUUUGAUUCUCGCCCACCAAGUUGUCACCCCUCAGAAUCAACAGCCGACCGUGCCUUUUGCGUCAUCUUUAUCUGACGGCGGAAUAAUUUCUACAGGUUCGCUUGAUGAAAAUCAAAAUCCUGAUGACGAGUCAAGGCACCUGAUUCCCGUUUUCUUAGAUGCCAGGACCGGACAAAUCGUGCAAAGGGACACAAGUGUAAGUGAAGACGUGGGAGGUCGAAGAUUUCCACUGGAGCACGGUGCGCAACUGGAAGUAGAGCAAGCGUCUUCUUCGUCUCGUUCGCGACCGAAUUUCGGUCCUCGGGGAGCAGGACCGAAUACAAAUCACCCUCCAGCUACUGCUAAAAACGCGAAUGACCGCACCUCCACGCUGUCCAUGGCCGCCCACGCCCCCGCGCCCGCCUCCGCGCUGCCGCCCAACGGCAACGAGCGCGACGCCGACAUGCUCUUGCGGCCCAGCUUUAACUUUGUGGAGCACUUCGCCGCGCCAACCGAAACCCUCAUUCCACCCCCGGAAUCCGCGGACGAGGAGAUGGAGCCCCUGCAGAUUUUCCGCGUCAAUGGAGACCCGUUGAACAUUGCCAUCCCGAAGAAGCAGCUCGGCGUCUUUACCAUCGGCUUACUCCGGCCGAUGGUGGCCGCCGCCGUGGAGGCGCCGGAGCCGGUGGUCAAUUUGUUAGACGUGGAAACCGGCACUCUGCUCGCAGAUGAAGACCUCUUGGUCAACGACGAGCUCCUGCGCGGAGGUGGAGAAGAUAGUACUGCGUCGCAGCCAGAAGCAGGGUUAACUACGACUGCGAGGGAGAGGACUUCUACAACAAGCGGAACUGCGUCCAGCAGAAACAGGAACAAGACUACACCGAAUAAAAACACACAGCAGCAGCAGCACCUCCUCCCAGGUUCGCCCAGUAGCGCCUUUUCCUCCUCCGCGGAAGACUUCCACCCCGACGGCGAAGCGCCGCCGCAUAGUGAAGAUGUUGCCACGACACCGCUGAUGUUGAACCAGCUAGAGCGACAAGAAACUACGACGAGUGCUGGCAACGAGGAGGAGAUGAACGACAAUCCGCAAAAGAACAACCGGCGCAGUGGUCCUGGCGGCAAGACCACGCCGGCUUCUGGAGCGAGAGCUGCAGUAGACCACGCGUCCAACCUUCCGCCACCGCGGCAAUUGCUGGCCAUCGUGAAGAACAUGGAGUUUGAGGACAGUUCCCUCGCCGAGGCGCUCGGCAGUCGGAGCAACAACCCGGAGGUAAUUGUGUUCCAGAUGGCAACUGACGAAUUGAACGCGGUUGACCCUCCCACCGGCGACACCUUCCUGCACAAGUACUGCCGGGAGGAGCGCGUUCCGGUCGUUCUCGCGUUGUUGAAACAGGUGCCGCGCUUCCACAAGGUGAACCACGUGAACAAAAACGGGGAGACGGCGCUGCACAUUGCCUGCUUAUGCUGUGCAAAAGUAUCGUAUUCGUAGUGAUUGCGUUUAUGCAUUUACAAAUCUCUUUGUCAAGGUAAUUCAGCAUUACAAAUUUAAUUUGUAAUGCUGGACUAAUUUGUAAUGCAUUUAUACGAGUACGAUUACGAUACUUUUGCAAUCCAUACUGCUACGUGGGGAACGAGAGUCUGGUCAAGCCGUUACUCGCGUGUCCCUACUUCUUGAACUUUGCCCACCGGGAUUUAUUGGACAACACGGCCUUGCACUACUGCAUCUUUCAAAACAACAUUCCGCUGAAAAACUUGUUUGCAACCAUCUUCCGGGCGUUCGCCUUCCAGUUUCCGCACUCGCGGCGCGCGCGACGCGUCGGGGGUCUGCUGACCACCGCCAAGGACCCGGAGGGGCACCAGAAAGUCAACGCCUUGGAUGCCAUGUUGUUCACCAAUAGCUUAGGCUUGAUGACCCGCACCUCGGCGACUCUGGCGGCCGAUCUGGAAGUAGAGCAGAGGACCGAGGAAGAAUUUCAGCAGUACCCGUUUAUCUCCUCAGUGCUCGGGCCCGAGGGUGCUGGUGGAGCUUUAUCGAGAAGUUCAUCUCGGGGUGCAACCGGUGCUACUACCCAACGAAGACGUACCAGGAUGAAAAAUGGGCGACAACUUGUUCCCUCUACUUCGUCCAGGACAUCAACAGCACUACCCCAGCCCUCAUGGCUGCUCGCCACGACCUCGCCGCAGCUGGAUGUUCUUGGGCACGACUCGAGCGAGUCGGAGAGUAGCGACGAGGAGCUUUCGGCGAUUCGGAGGUAUCCCGGGGUACCCGAAGAACAGCAGAAUGAGGUGCAAAAAGAGGAUGUUUCCCUGUCUUUACUCCACCAACUGCGGGAGACCGCGGUGCUGGCCCUGAACGCGGCCGUGCGGUACAGCUCCUCGCUGUUAGAUCUGUUUGAGGCGAAAAAAAUCACUAAUUUGGACGAGUACCUGGAGCAGGGAGAAAUAAACAGAGACGAGAGCAGAGGCGGAACCGACGCAGGCGCGCAGCAAGACGUAUCUCCCGGGAUUGCUUUUAUCACGCACCCAGCGGCGGCCGUGCCAGCAGAACCAGAUGAGGGUGUGGCGCCAUGACUUGUCGUCAAGAUGCAACAAGGGGAAAAUGAAAUGAUGUAUGACAGUUGGUGACCUCCUCGACUUGGACUUGAGAUGCAAUAUUAUUUAAGAACGGCUGAUGAUGGCCGCGUGGAUAGCGACAGCUUCCGAUCAUGCGCAAUUUUUAAGACCACCACCAAAAGAAAGGCGAUGCAGAAGAGACGAGCCGAAAAACGUUACAAGACACGCUGCUCUGCUUGUUCUUCAUGUUCAUUGAGAUUGAUUAUUUUUUGCAACAUGAUCAACGGAAACGCUGACACCGUUGUAGCUCUUCAUACCUUCGAACGAUUAAGUUUGAUUGAUA